AUGAUUUGCAAUCGGUGGCACUUGACCGUGGAGGUCGUCAACGAGCAGAAAAACAAGAUUCCGAGAUUUUUGUCGCAUGUGUUCAAGGGGGCGCGUGCGUCCGUGAAGUGUGUUUGGUGCGUGGCCGUGGGCGAAGGAAUCGAUGAAAGUUUGUUCGUUGAGCGCGGCGCCGAGGAAGGCGGAGGGUCCAGACGGCCCGAGGGCACCACGUAGUCGCCGUGCAGGACGAUCGUCUCCGACGCUCUCUCCUUCGAGCUUCACAGCGUUUUCCGGUCUACCGCCGGUCCCUCUAGUAACGUUCGCCUUUUGCGAGCAGCUUAUCAGUUGGUGGAGCCUCAGGCGCCGCGAGUUGUCGCCCCGACCUUCUUGCACUCUCUUCUCACUGAUUUUUUCUUUCUACAACCCAAAAAUACACGCUCCUCGCCGACUGCAACUUUUUGGUGA